UCCUGCUGCUGCCUUCGCCACCACCACCAUCACCUUCUCAAUCUCUCUGUGUGCUGCCAGCCUGUGACUCCUCUGAUUCGAGAGCGCACAGAACAAUGGUGAUGGAGAGGCAGCAGCAGGGAAAGGCGGCGGCCUUCGACAUCGCGGAGGCCGGCUUCGGGAACCGGCCGGACCUCGACGACGACGGCCGCGAGAGGCGCACGGGGACGCUGGUGACGGCGAGCGCGCACAUCAUCACGGCGGUGAUCGGGUCCGGGGUGCUGUCGCUGGCGUGGGCGAUCGCGCAGCUGGGUUGGGUGUUCGGUCCCGUCGUCCUCGUCGCCUUCUCCGUCAUCACCUGGUUCUGCUCCAGCCUCCUCGCCGACUGCUACCGCUCGCCGGACCCCGUCCACGGCAAACGCAACUACACCUACGGCCAAGCAGUCAGGGCUUACCUCGGGGUGUCCAAGUACCGGCUGUGCUCCCUGGCGCAGUACGUCAACCUGGUUGGCGUGACGAUUGGCUACACCAUCACGACGGCCAUCAGCAUGGGGGCGAUCAAUAAGUCCAACUGCUUCCACCGCAACGGGCACGGCGCCCCCUGCGAGGCGUCCAACACCACCAGCAUGAUCAUCUUCGCCAGCAUCCAGAUCCUGCUCUCUCAGCUGCCCAACUUCCACAAGAUCUGGUGGCUCUCCAUCGUCGCCGCCGUCAUGUCCCUCGCCUACUCCUCCAUCGGACUCGGCCUCUCUAUCGCAAAAAUCGCAGGUGGGGUGCAUGCCAAGACGUCGCUGACAGGGGUGACUGUGGGGGUGGAUGUGUCCGCGAGUGAGAAGAUAUGGCGGACGUUCCAGUCCCUUGGAGACAUCGCCUUUGCGUACUCCUACUCCAAUGUCCUCAUAGAAAUUCAGGACACGCUGCGUUCGAGCCCGCCGGAGAACGUGGUGAUGAAGAAGGCGUCCUUCAUCGGCGUCUCCACGACGACGACGUUCUACAUGCUCUGCGGCGUGCUGGGGUACGCGGCGUUCGGCAACGACGCCCCGGGGAACUUCCUCACGGGCUUCGGCUUCUACGACCCCUUCUGGCUCAUCGACGUCGGCAACGUCUGCAUCGCCGUGCACCUCAUCGGGGCCUACCAGGUCUUCUGCCAGCCCAUCUACCAGUUCGUCGAGGGGUGGGCGCGGGACCGGUGGCCCGACAGCGCCUUCCUGCACGCCGAGCGCGUCGUGCGUGUUCCCAUCGUCGGCGACUUCCCCCUCAGCCCGUUCCGGCUGCUGUGGCGCACGACGUACGUGGUGCUCACGGCGCUGGUGGCCAUGAUCUUCCCGUUCUUCAACGACUUCCUCGGGCUCAUCGGCGCCGUCUCGUUCUGGCCGCUCACCGUCUACUUCCCCGUCCAGAUGUACAUGGCGCAGGCCAAGACGCGCCGGUUCUCGCCGACGUGGACGUGGAUGAACGUGCUCAGCUGCGCGUGCCUCGUGGUCUCCCUGCUCGCCGCCGCCGGAUCCGUCCAGGGGCUCAUCAAGGACCUCAAGGGCUACAAGCCGUUCAAGGUCUCAUAAGGAUUGCAAGAUCGAUCGAUGAAACAUUAGCUGCAGCAAUAUACUCUGAAACUUGCAUGUGCAUGCAUGCAUGCAUAGUAGUUAUACGUAGUCAUGGGAGGAUAUGAUGGGUCGUGUGGACUGUGACACAGGUUAAUUUCAGUGUUGUUAAUGUUAGUUAAACUAGCCUAAUUAGUAAUGGUUUGGACUUGAAAUUUCAAAUGAAUGUAAGUGUUACUAAGUGGAGUAGAACUCAGUUGACUGAAAAUAGUCAGCACCCAACGCUUAAGAAGAAGAGGAAGGGCACAGUCCUAGACCACUACUGUACUGCAGUUGAGUUUCAUCAGGUUGUGAGAAAGAGGUCACCGAUAGAGUCUCGUCAUACAUAUCUGUUGUUAUGCAUGCAUGCCAAUUGCCAAUGAAAGUUCUUCUAAUGUUCUAGUAUCUUA